AUGGACUUCGCCUCCCUCAUGUCCGCCGAGAUCUCCAAGUCCUCCUCCAAACCCUCAUCCUCACCAACCCCCACCCCCACCGAACCCACCAAAAAGUACCUCAAGCGCGCCGAGCUCGAAGCCCACCGCCAACAAGCCUACGUCGACGAACAAGCCGCCAUUCAACGCGACCGCGAAUCCAAACUCCUCAAGAAGCGGAAGCUCGACGAAGAAGACGCGGCGCGCAACGCCGAGAGGGACGGGAAGCGGCGGCGCCUCGCCGAGGAGUCACGGAUCCGGCGGGAGGAAGAGGAGGCGAAGAGAGAGCGGGCGAGGAGGAAACGGUUGGGGCUGCCCGAACUGCCGGAAACGACGACGGCGGAGGAUGGGACGGCGGUCCGGGGCGGCGAACCGGACAUCCCAGACCCGGACCUCGUGGCCAAACUGCGCGCCCUCGCCGAACCCGCCCUCCUCUUCGGAGAAACCCACGUCCAGCGCCUGCGCCGCUACCGCAGACUCGUCGCCCCCGGCCCCGCCCCGCCCGCCAUGACGAGCGGGCCCAUCCCCACCACGCUCUGCCUCCUCCCGGAAGCCGAGAUGAAAGUCUCCCCCACGCUCCCCAAAGACGUCGACGGCCGGACCUUCCUCUUCCGGCAACUGGCCUCGUACUUCACCAUGGUGCUGACGGAAUGGAGCCGGGCGCUCGCGCGACGGGAGGAGGGGGUGAAGGAGAGCCACCAGGGCCGGCAGGCCCACGGCGCCUACGCGCAGUCGCGCGCCAACAUGGCGCCGCUGUUCCGGAAGUUCGAGGCCGGGCAGCUGGAGGAGGGGAUCCUGGCGCCCAUGGUGGAGAUCGUGGUGGCGGCGCAGGAGCGGCGCUACGUGGACGCCAACGACGGCUACCUGCGGCUGUCGAUCGGCAAGGCGGCGUGGCCGAUCGGGGUGACCAUGGUCGGCAUCCACGAGCGGAGUGCGCGGGAGAAGUUGCACGAGAGCGACGCGGCGGCGCACAUCAUGAGCGACGAGGUGACGAGGAAGUUUCUGCAGAGUAUCAAGCGGUGUUUGAGCUUUGCGCAGACGAGGUGGCCGCCGGAGGACUUGAUGCAGUUGAUGGGUUGA